ACCAAAUCAAACAAACCCAAAAAGGAAACAAUAUCAUCAUUUUAUUACAACAAACAUAACCCAAAUUUACAAACAAAAAAUGGCUUCAAGAAAGGAAGAAAAAGCAGAAGAAGCAGCAAGAUAUGCUGCUGACCAAAUCCAAUCUGCUAGGGAAGAACAACAACCCCAACAACAACAACAACAACAAAAAACUACAUUUACUGAAGAUCAAACUUAUACCCAUCAACAAAACACCAAGCCUGGGAUAUUCUCUUCUGUGUAUAAUGCUUUAGAGAGCACCUAUGAACAUGCUAAAGAGGUUGUCACUGGUAAAACCCAUGAUGCAGCAGAGAAGACUAAGCAAUCAGCUGCAGUUACAUCUGAGAACAUGAAACAAUCUCAUGAUGCUGCUGCUGUUCGUGCUCGAGAGGCGGCUGACCGUGCUAGGGAGGGUAGGGAUAAUACCAUCCAGAGUUUAAAGCAGACUAAGGAUUAUACUGCUGAUAAAACUAUGGAUGCUGCUGGGUAUGUGGCUGAUAAGACUAAACAAGCUAAAGAUAUUACCUUGGAGAAAGCAGGGGAGUAUAAGGAUUAUACUGUUGGGAAGACUAUGGAUGCAGCUGGGUAUGUUGCUGAUAAGACUAAGCAAGCUAAAGAUACAACAAUGGAGAAAGCAGGGGAGUAUAAGGAUUAUACUGUUGGGAAGACCAAGGAUGCAGCUGGUUAUGUGGGUGAUAAAGCUAAAGGGGUUAAGGAUGUAACAAUGGAGAAAGCAGGGGAGUAUAUAGAUUAUACUGCUGAUAAGGCUAAAGGGGCUAAAGAUGUAACAAUGGAGAAAGCUGGGGAGUAUAAGGAUUAUACUGUUGAUAAGGCUAAGCAAGCUAAGGAUGUAACAAUGGAGAAAACAGGGGAAUACAUGGAUUAUACUGUUGAUAAGGCUAAGCAAGCUAAGGAUGUAACAAUGGAGAAAGCAGGGGAGUAUAAGGAUUACACAGCGGAUAAGGCGAAGAAGACGAAGGAUUACACUGUUGAUAAGACUAUAGAAGGGAAGGAUGUGACUGUGAGUAAGUUGGGUGAGUUGAAGGAUUCUGCUGCAGAUGUGGCUAAUAGGGCAAUGGGUUAUUUGUCUGGGAAGAAAGAGGAGGCUAAGGAGGUGGUUAAUGAGACGGCUGAGGCGGCGAAAGAGAAAGGGAGAGGAGCUAUGGAUUAUGCAAAGGAGACUGGAGAUGCUGCCAAGAACAAGACUUUGGAGAAGAAAGAGGAGGUUAAGGAUGUUUACAAGGGCACACAGGAAGAGCUCAGAGAGAAAGGCUACAGUGUACAAGAUAAAGCUUCUUCAGAAAGAGCUAGAGCUGAUCGUCAGGCUGCUGCACUAAGGGGAAAAGCGGAAACUGAAAACAUACUGGGGGUCGUAGGGAACGUAGCGGACACUAUGAAGGACAAACUAACAAUGCCAAGCGACACGGUGGGAAGGGGCCAAGGCAAGAGCGUUGAAGAUAAGACGGUGACAGUGACGGUGGAGGAAUACCCACCAGGUGCAGCAGCUGAUAUUCUGAAGGAUGCGCGACGCACAACCGGACGCACAACCGGACAGAUGGGCGAUAAAGAUCAGGGGAAGGCUACACAUUAGCAGUAUGAACAUGAUGUUAUUUUGGUUGGUUUGAACUGAAAUAGUUUUAUAUUUUGGUCGUUUUAUAUGUUGUAGUUUAUCAGGUUUUGUGUUUGCAUAUUGUUUUUGGUUAUAAUCCUUUUGUGUAUGUUGAUUUUGAGGGGGCAGGAAAUUGUGUACGUUUUUGCUUUUCUUUCUAUAAUCUUAGUAUUCAUUCAAGUACACAUCAUUUUGGAUUUUGGGCAAGGAUAAAUCUCCAUAGGUUAAAGGGUGGUGGGAAUAUUGCACAUAUAGACAUGCAUUCGGUCCUGUUUUGCCAAAUUUGCAAUAUUUAAUUAGAUUAAAUUCAGAUCGGCACUCGGUCCUGUUAGCCUAAUUUGAUAAUAAUAUCAAAUUAGAUUAAAUUCAAAUGGGAAAGC